AGCGCGUGGCAGAAAAUGUCAAUACUGUAAUUUAUAAAGCAAUGUUUACCCUCGGCGCGUGGGGAAAAUGUCUUUGCACUUUUUAACUUAUUAUCUACAUUUAAGUGCAAAGUGCAUUCUUAAAUAUCACGAGUUUUCAAGAAACGCCAAAUUCAGAUAAGAGUCAGAGCACAGCGUUUAAAAGGCACUGACAGCAGGAGGCACGACACCAGUUGGUCCCAUUUUGCCAAUAAAGCGUUAACAUCAGCCGUCUUCUCUCCCCUCCCACAACCUAUUUAAACAAACAUCUGCCCUUAUCUCGAGUCUUUAGGAAGCCCGUUGCUCAAAGUCGCGAAUAACUGGCGCAUCAGCUGAACAGACGCGAUGGCUUUGGCAGACCCCGAGUGUGGACUAUCAAACGGCGCGGGUUCCGCCUCUCCGUUUUCUGAUAUUAUUGAACUAAAUGUGGGAGGACAGGUGUAUGUGACACGGCACACGACUUUAAUAGCCGUGCCGGAUUCUCUCCUGUGGAACAUGUUUAGUAAGAAGACGCCGACAGAGCUGGCACGGGACAGCAAAGGGCGCUUCUUUCUGGACAGGGACGGUUUUCUUUUCCGCUACAUUUUAGACUACCUGCGGGAUCUAAAUCUGGUUUUGCCUGACUAUUUUCCGGAGAAGAGCAGAUUACAGCGGGAGGCUGAGUUUUUCCAGCUGCGGGACCUGUCUAAGCUCCUGAGUCCCAAAAUGAGUAAAGACAACUCCAUCACCGACGAGAUCUGCCCGAGUGACUCGGAGGAGCCGAGCGCGCCUCCGCUGGUGGGACCCGACGCCUCGCGCACGAUGUCCGUCGCCAGCACCGCUCACUCUCCUUCCCUCGAAUCCAAAAAGUCGGGCUACAUCACAGUCGGUUACCGGGGAUCGUACACGAUCGGAAGAGACAUACAAACGGACGCCAAAUUCAGGCGGGUCGCGAGAAUCACGGUGUGCGGGAAGACCUCUCUGGCUAAGGAGGUUUUCGGAGACACUUUGAACGAGAGCAGAGACCCGGACCGCCCUCCGGAGAGGUACACAUCGCGCUAUUAUCUGAAGUACAAUUUUCUCGAGCAGGCUUUUGACAAACUGUCGGAGUUUGGCUUCCAUAUGGUCGCGUGCAGCUCCACGGGCACGUGCGCUUACUCCAGCAACGACCCAAACGAGGACAAAAUCUGGACGAGCUACACAGAGUACGUUUUCUGUCGAGAAUGAGCCAAAGGUGUCGCGUUUAAUUGUGUAUAUAUAGGCAUUCCGCUACGAGAGCAAAGUUUCAUCCGUUUAGGAGAGGUGGAGUUUCUAGUUGUGUUUAUCAAAGGUUUUGUCUGUUUACACCGAGACUCAAAUAGCCUACUACAUGUAGAAUUAACAAACGCAGACUAACUAGCUAUCAUUGCACUUCAUAGCUUCAUUUUGUUCGCAGAAAAAGUCAGAUUCAUAUUUGAGGGCCUGUUUGUAAAACGUCCUUGAUGUGUUUUGUACUUUGCAUGUAUUAUAAAUGGACACAUGAAAUAUUUUUAAAUGAUUUAAUGUACAAGUUUGAAGAAAAGUUGGUUACUGACUCAUUAGUUAACAUUCUAGAAAGAUUUGGAAAUUCGUCUUCAUUUGUGCUUUCCUUUAAGUUCAUAUUAAACUUUUCACUGUGAAUAACCCACUAAAACUGAAGUUUCAUUGCUGCCUUAAUUUCUUUAGUAAAAUUAAAGCGGUGCCAAAGUUACCUGCAGUGAUUCAUUGCACUUUUUGACCACUUUCAAUUUCAUUACAGAUUAAGAAAAUUGAGUAAAAACUCUUAAAACUCAAAAUAAAGUAAAAAAAAAAAUAAUAAUACAACUUUGUAAUAUAUUACAAAGAUAUUACAAUUUUGUGAGGCUUACCUUUUUACAGCAAACAACUGUAUUGUAUUGAUUUUUUUAGCACAUUUUUUGUUUUGUGCGAAGAAUUAAUAUUUUUUGUUUUGUCUUAGGUUUACCGUUUCGAUGUCUAUAUUACAACGAACAUCUCUCUUUUGUUCCAGCAUUGUAAGCAUCUCAUUUGUAAGCAUCUUUGCUGUUUAAAAGCUGAUCAUUCAAUAAAUUGUAAUCUGUCAUAA